UUCUUCUUCGGUUUCUUCAUUGACUUAGAAACAUGGCUGCGUCCUGACCAUAUAAUGUAGACAUGGCAGAUAAAGACGGCGCUAGGGGCAAGGACAGUCCGGUUGAGAAGGGUUGGAGGAGCCCCGGACUGAGGACGGCAAAGACCACCACGCUGUUCCGAGUGGUCAACCCGGAACUCUUCAUAAAACCGAACAAACCGGUGAUGGCGUUCGGCCUAGUCACCAUCACUCUGUGCGUGGGAUACCUGGGCUACAUGCACGCAACCAGAGACAACGAGCAGCAGCUGUAUGAGGCCGUCGACAGCGAAGGGGAGCGGUCCAUGAGGAGGAAGUCAUCCAAGUGGGACUGAGGUGACAAAACGUGGAUGGAGGAGUUUUCAGGACUGUAGUUCUUUAGAGGGAAGCUCUGAAGGAUUGUUCACAGUCUGCACAGAACCAACACAUGUUCUCACUGCUGUACUUUAGUAAGCAGACUAAUAAAAGGUUUGAAUCAUG